GUUACCGGUCUCGCCAUGGAGCGGAAAGGUGAGCGGUGGAGCGGCCUCCGCCACGAGGGGCAACGGCUGCCGGGUCGAGGUCCGAGUCCGCAGCGCUGGGAGCUCGGCCUCACUGCCGCCGGCCGCUGCCCCGGCGUGCGGCGCCCCUGCGCGGAGGUGGCGCCGCCCCUCACCCCCCGCCAGCUCUGGGGUCCGCGCCCCUCGGCCCCGGCGUCCUCCGGCGCCAGCCGUCACUGCCCCUUGUUCCCGGCCGGGCCCGCUCGCGCCUUGGGGCCGCUGCUGCAGGGCCCGGCCCAGGGCGGGCGAGGCAGACCCCCGAGGCGGCCCGAGCCCCCUCCGGCGCAUCCCGCCUGGGCGCUGCUGUGCGCCCCGUGGGCCGCCCGCCCCCAGACCGAGCGCCUCGCCGAAGCCGCCCUCCGGCAGGCCCCGCGGUCGGGCCUGGCGCCCCUGCUGGGUCUCCAGCCUCACCUGGGUCGCCUGCUCUCCUCCACACUCGCCCUUCAUCCAUCCCUCUCUCCUGCAGUGCUUGCGCUCCAGGCCCGAAAGAAAAGGACCAAGGCCAAGAAGGACAAAGCCCAAAGGAAAUGUGAAAAUCAGCACCGAGGUUCUGCUCCCCACUCUGAGAGUGAUCUACCAGAGCAAGAAGAGGAGAUUCUGGGGUCAGACGAUGAUGAGCAGGAAGAUCCCAAUGAUUAUUGUAAAGGAGGUUAUCAUCUUGUGAAAAUCGGAGAUCUAUUCAACGGGAGAUACCAUGUGAUCCGAAAGCUGGGCUGGGGUCACUUUUCCACAGUGUGGUUGUCAUGGGAUAUUCAGGGGAAGAAGUUUGUGGCAAUGAAAGUAGUUAAAAGUGCUGAACAUUAUACUGAAACAGCACUAGAUGAAAUCCGGUUGCUGAAAUCAGUUCGCAAUUCAGACCCCAAUGAUCCCAAUAGAGAAAUGGUUGUUCAGCUACUAGAUGACUUCAAAAUAUCAGGAGUAAAUGGAACACAUAUCUGCAUGGUAUUUGAAGUUUUGGGGCAUCAUCUGCUCAAGUGGAUCAUUAAGUCCAACUAUCAGGGGCUUCCACUGCCUUGUGUCAAAAAGAUCAUUCAGCAAGUUCUGCAGGGUCUGGAUUAUUUACACACCAAGUGCCGUAUCAUCCACACUGACAUUAAACCGGAAAACAUCUUGUUGUCAGUGAAUGAGCAGUACAUUCGGAGACUGGCUGCGGAAGCCACCGAGUGGCAGCGGUCCGGAGCACCUCCUCCUUCUGGAUCAGCAGUCAGUACUGCUCCCCAACCUAAACCAGCUGACAAAAUGUCAAAGAAUAAGAAGAAGAAAUUGAAGAAGAAGCAGAAGCGCCAGGCAGAAUUACUAGAGAAGCGAAUGCAGGAAAUUGAGGAAAUGGAGAAAGAGUCGGGCCCUGGGCAAAAAAGACCUAACAAGCAAGAAGAAUCAGAAAGUCCUGUUGAAAGACCCUUGAAAGAGAACCCACCUAAUAAAAUGACCCAAGAAAAACUUGAAGAGUCAAGUACCAUUGGCCAGGAUCAUACACUUACGGAACGUGGUGUAGAGGGUGGUGCCGCAGAAAUUAAUUGCAAUGGAGUAAUUGAAAUCGUUAAUUAUACUGAGAACACUAAUAAAGAAACAUUGAGGCUUAAAGAGGAUCUGCAUAAUGCUAAUGACUGUGAUGUCCAAAAUUUGAAGCAGGAACCUAGUUUCCUAAACUCCCAAAAUGGAGACAGCGGCACAUCUCAAGAAACAGACUCUUGUACACCUGUAACCUCUGAGGUAUCAGAUAUCAUGGUAUGCCAGUCUUCCUCAACUGUAGAUGAGUCGUUCAGUGAACAGAACAUCAGCCAACUUCAAGAAAGCAUUCGGGCUGAGAUACCCUGUGAUGAUGAACAGAAUGGACCACUGGACAAUAAAGGAAAAUCUACUGCUGGAAAUUUUCUUGUUAAUCCCCUUGAGCCAAAAAAUGCAGAAAAGCUGAAAGUGAAGAUUGCUGAUCUUGGAAAUGCCUGUUGGGUGCACAAGCAUUUCACCGAAGACAUUCAGACAAGGCAGUAUCGCUCCCUGGAGGUUCUAAUUGGAUCUGGAUAUAACACCCCGGCUGACAUUUGGAGUACUGCGUGCAUGGCCUUUGAACUCGCCACGGGAGACUAUUUGUUUGAGCCGCAUUCAGGAGAAGAAUACAGUCGCGAUGAAGAUCACAUUGCAUUGAUCAUAGAACUACUGGGGAAGGUGCCGCGCAAGCUCAUUUUGGCAGGAAAAUAUUCCAAGGAAUUUUUCACCAAAAAAGGUGACUUGAAACACAUCACAAAGCUGAAGCCCUGGGGCCUUUUUGAGGUUCUGGUAGAGAAGUAUGAGUGGCCUCACGAAGAGGCAGCUGGCUUCACGGAUUUCUUACUGCCCAUGCUGGAGCUGAUGCCCGAGAAGAGAGCCACAGCCGCCGAGUGUCUCCGGCAUCCUUGGCUCAACUCCUAAGGUCCAGUCGGCCCUGCAGCAGAGAUGGCACACUGCCUCUCUGCCCCUCCCUCCGAGCUUCCCUUCUCAGGGUGAAGCUCUUCCUUCAGGGGUUUCUCGAUUUUUUUUUUCCAAUCCACGUGUUCAUUUGGGUUUGCUUAGUUGGCCCUGUGGAGAUCCCCACACCCGUUGGGCAUAUCCUAGGUGAAUUUGGCCUUGGUUGAACUCUGCCAAAGACUUAACGGACUGAAAUGUGAAACAGCCUCUCCCUGCCCUUGCCUUUCCAUUAGGAUGUUCUUGAAGUUCCAAACAUCUUUUUUCAGAAAGAGCUAUGAAGAUAGAUGAACCCAGCCUUUGACUGACUCUGCAAGUUAUGUUUUCUAGCACGUGUCGUGUCGCCAGCAUCGCCACAAGGAGGGGAAGGGUGUGUACUCUGUGCAGCGGAGACAUUAAACUCACUGCAUCCAGGCCGCAUGGUCUUCCUGGAUUGUUUGUUGUUCCCCAUGUUCACUUAUUUUUUUCCUGCAACUUCCAAGCUACUACCCUUUGAAAUGAGCUAUACAAACGUUGAAUUUAGGUACCAUUUUAUCAUUGUUCAAAGAAUCAUAAGAUUGUUUCAUCCUUUACUAAGAUCUUUGAAUCAUCCGUCCGAUUUUGAAUAUCACCAAAAGUGGAACCAUUAAGUAAUAAUUUCUUGAGACCCUCAGGUGUUCUGCAAAUAGUCCUUUCCUGUUAUCCUGAAAGCAGAGUCAUUUUGGCCACUUUUGGGGGUUUUUUGUUGUUGUUGUUUUGUGUUUGUUUUGAUUUGUUUUAUUUUUUACCAUCUCUGGCUAAUUUUAAUCGGCGCGCUUGAGUGUAUAGCCCCGAAACUAAAGGGUCGGGAUGACUCUAAAGGGGAUCUGGGCUUCAGACCUUUCUCACUCAGCCAUGUGCGUACUUUUUGGUCUUUGUUUCAUUUUGUGUUUUUUUAAAAUGGCUCUCUCUUUACCUUACCUGAAGUUCUGGCCUUGAAGCAGUUUCCCUUGUGGUUCUGCCUUUCUCAUUUUCUCAGAGCUGUGGGGUCUUCAACAAGAAUCUGAGUAAAAGAACCAUGGGAGGGAUAGAAUGGCACUUUUUGUUGACUAUUUUUUUUCUUAGUUUUUCAGGUUAGCCAUUCUCUGCUGCUAUUUCCUUGUAUAAUGUAAGUUUGUAACCAUGAUUUUGAGCUGAUUAAGAUGUACUUGAGGCUGCUUUUUUUUUUUUAAUGAGAAGAAGCUUUUUGAAUUUUACUUUAGGGUUGGCUUCUCCUAGACAUGACAUGUUCCUCAAGUAAAACUAAGAAGCAAAAACAGAGCAGGAUUGGGGUCCCAGCUGCUUACUCAUCACGGACCGAGUGGGCCUUGGAUUACAGCAUCCUCCAGAAGCAGCUGUAGGGCUCCAUUUCUGGAAAGCCAAGGAGGUGCAACUUGAAGCUCUACCAGGGAGACGCUGGGGAGCCAUCUUCCUGUGUGGGAGCCUGGAAUAGUUUCAUUAUCCACCAGGAAAAAGUGGUGCCCCUGGGCCAUCCACUUAACUUACAAACUAUACUCUGAAUAACUGGCCAGCCAUUCUUUGGAUCCUUGAUUGGAUACUCCUUAAAUCAUACAUGCUCCUGUAGAAAGAAUUUGAUGUCAGACUGUCUAUGCACCAAUCAAGAAUGAAGAGACUAGAUUGCAUCAAACAACGGCAGGGAAAUCCUUCAGCAAUUCUGAUCCACUUACGGUGUUCAGCUGUAUUUACAUCUAGAGCAAUAGCAGACUAGCACUGAAUUCUUUUCUACAUUGUAAAAUCACAGUUGCGGACCACAGGAAUUCUGAUGAGGCUAUUAAGGUGAAAUAAUAAAAAGAAAGAAACUCACAAGCAAACCAAAGGCCUCAUUUUAACAGUUGACAGGAAAAUUGUAACAGGAGAGAAAAGCUGUGGCAUCAUUUCAGAAAUGCUUGCCACCAAACAAGGGCUUUUUCCUCCUGUCAUGUAAGCAGCCAAAUGAAUUAGAAUUUAAGGAAAGAGGCAGCUGUAGAACUUGAUCUUCCAAGUAUCCCAUGUACCUUUACUGAGCUUAAAGAUAAUGCUGUCAAAAUCAUUGCCAAGAUCUCACUAAAGGAUUUCUAUUUGCUAUUAGUUAAAAAUAAAACCCUGAAUACAUUUUUAUUCUUUCUACUGUGUGCAUUGUCUGUUUUCUUUUAUAAAUACAGUACAAUAAACAGAUUAUUUAAUAACC